AUGACCAAGCCCAAAGUUCUUAUUGUAGGAGCUGACUUAGGAGGAUUAGCAUUGACUGCUAUUCUCGAGCACGCUAAGAUUCCAUAUGAGAUCUAUGGAAAGUCUUCUGCCCUAAAACCUCUUGGAUCUGCAAUCAGUUUAGGACGAGGUGGACAUUCAUUAAACGAUAGAUGCCUAUUUAAGCAGCUGAGUAUUCUAGAGGAAAUCGAGACAAAGGCCAAACCCUAUGAAGGCUUCCAGAUAGUUAAAAAAAAAAAAUCUUUAAUCGGGUCUAUCUUGAGUACUCGCUUCUCACAAUCAUUUAUUUUUAUUGAUUUUUUUAACGGAUUUAACGACUAUAUUAUCUCACAAUCUAUCCUCCAUGAAUUCGGUCGCUUCAGAAAAGUUCUAUCUGGGCAAACGUGUGCUCUCCUAUGUGGAGAGGGUGACAGUCUCAUUGUUUGGACAUCAGGCAAACAAGUUCACCAUGGCAAUAUCCUUGUGGGUGCAGAUGGUACUUACAGCGGUGUUCGCCAAUCACUCUAUGGACAAUGA